AUGCAGGAUAUUCGAGCACCACUUUCGCCAGGGGCAAUGUUUUUCCAGGAACAUUACAUAUUGGCCUGUCUGGGCACUUGGGUGCUGUACAAGGUCAUACAGGCGAUUUACUAUGUCUCGCCAUUCCACCCACUGAGCAAGAUCCCUGGACCUAAGUUGGCUGCUGCAACGUAUCUGCCUGAGUUUUGGUACGAUGUUGUCAAGUAUGGGUGUUAUACAAAGGAGAUUGCGAGGCUGUAUCAGGUUUAUGGACCUAUUGUACGCAUUAACCCGCACGAAGUUCACUGCAAUGAUAUCUCCUUUGCGGAUGAAAUCUACGCCGUCGGGGGGAGGAAGAGAGAUAAACCACAACAUCAAAUCAAUGGCUCAGUCAUCGGCGAUUCCGGCUUUGGUACCAUAGACCACGACAUCCACCGUCUCCGCCGUAUUCCCGUCUCCAAGUUCUUCAGCAGAGCAAUGAUAUCACGCCUUGAGCCCGAAAUCCACGUCCUCGUCCACAAGCUUUGCGACAAACUCCUCCUGCACUCUGGAUCCCGCGAUGCCUUCGACGUAACCAUGGCCUACAGCUGCUUCACCUCUGACACCAUCUCUUCAUACAGUUUCGGCACGAGCUUCGGCUUUCUCGAGCAAGACGGGUGGUACCCGAAUUUCCGCGAACCCACGGCUGCCAUGUUGAAGCCGGUGUUUGUAUUUCGGUUCUUUCCGGUUACCAAGUUGAGUGCGGCAUUGGCGAAGCCGCUACUGGGAUAUCUGCCGCAUGAUGUUGCGCUCAUGGUUAAGACACUGCAGAUUGACAUGCCAGCACAGGUUCUCAAGGCGAAGAAGGACCUGGAUGAUGGGAUUACGUAUGACAGGCCUACCAUCUUCGCUUCGCUGUUAGCCUCCGAUCUGGAGCUCUUGGAUAAAGAACCUCAGCGUCUGGCUGAUGAGGCAGCUGCUGUGGUGGGUGCAGGUACCGAGACGACGAGUUGGGCGUUGGCGGUCAUGACGUUUCACAUUCUGACCCAACCUGCUAUUCUGGAGAAAUUGACAAAGGAACUGAACUCUGUUGUUGACGAUCCAAAAAAUCUCCCUGGAUGGCUUGUUCUGGAAACGCUGCCAUAUCUGGGUGCUGUGAUACAGGAGGGCCUCAGAUUGUCGUAUGGCGUAUCGAGUCGCACGGCGAGAGUGGCAACGGGCGAGGAUCUGAUCUACCGCGGCGAGUGGCAGAAACGCGGUGUGGAGUACGUAAUUCCAAAGGGCUAUGCCGUGGGCAUGUCAGCCUACGUCACCCAUCAUAACGAACGCACUUUUCCAGACUCGUAUAAGUUUGCGCCGGAGCGGUGGCUGGACGAGAACGAUCUGCGGAGGAAAGACGUGGAUAAGAGCAUGCUGGCGUUCUCGAAAGGAAGUCGGUCUUGCUUGGGCAUGAAGUAA